CGGAACCUUCUGGAUGUGAUGGUCCGCUCGCGCUGUCACCUGUGCCGUUGGAAUCGGAGAUGGAGCUGGGAUUGAGGCCAAAGAAUAUCUGCUGCUGCGGACAUUAGCAGCUCCCAUUGCGGAUAUACUCGGCCAAGCGGUCGCCUUGGUGAUAGUUCCCGACCUCAGGGCCGGCUUCGCGCAUUGGACUCUAAACUUAAUUUUUUAUUAUUUUUCUUGCGCCCCAGUUGUUUCUCCCCAACUGUUGGAUACGGCGUUUGGAGGUUAGAUCGAGAGCUAUGUUAUCGAACUGGCGUUAACUAAACUGCCUUUUCCCCAAGUCAGGGGCUGGCAGCAGUGUGGAUCCUCCGCCUUUAUCAUCUGCUCGGGAAUUCCAAAGACAUGGACAAGAUAUUAGAAGCCAUGCUGUUGUCCCAACAUCCAGCUUCAGUAAAACAUAGCUUUGUGAGACGUAUUUUAGAGGCAGCGAAGCAACCUCUCGACAGUAAACAGUGUUGGGCUUUGUUUGAGUUAUCUACAAAUCUUAUUCUGUUGGGUGAUACAAAAUUCAAAAAGGACGUGGGCAAAGAAGUUCUAGAGGCCUAUGCUCUGAACCACAUUUCAGAGUUUGAGAUUUAUUUUGAUGCAAAGCUUAUCUUGAAACUGAUGCAAGAUGGUUAUGGAACAUUGAACAGAAGGAGUGUUGGUAUUAUUGAGUACAUUCAACUAGGAUUGAAGUAUGUUCAAGACAAUUCUUCUGCUGAUGAAGUAUUUCAUGUCCUCCAAAUUGAACUUCUCCGAAUAGUGUGUGAGAAACCUGGAUCAAAGCUAUGCGCCAGCAUUAGUAAACUUAUUGUUGAAUUUCCCCAGUGUAUUCCCACUGGGCAGUUUCAAGUGGUAUUCUGCCAGCAACUUGUUAGAAGCAUAGGACAGUUUCAGAAUGGAUCAGAAGAGGAAGAUGAAAUAGUGGAAUUCUUGGAUCAAGUAAAUAAAGUAAGCAGCUUGUUACAGAGAGUCUGGCAAACUCAAACUGCAGCCAUUAUUCCAUCCUUGCGGGAGCUGUUUACUGUUAUUUCAUCAACAGAAGGAUCUGAGGGGCCAUCAAAUGCACUGGCCACUGUCAUCCAGUAUGUUCCGUUGGAACUCAUGGAUGGGGUCAUUCGAAACUUGACCAAUGACGACUCCAUUACAGAUAAAGAGCUGAAGACUGCUUUAACCAACAUGGUUGAUUGGCUUUCAUGGCCAUUAGCCCGAAACAUAGACAAGUGGAUUAUUGGCUUAUUGAAAGGUUUAGCUGCUGUGAAAAAAUUCAGCAUUUUGAUUGAAGUCACACUUGCAAAAAUUGAACAGGUUUUCUCCAGGUUAUUUUAUCCAAUUGUAAGGGCAGGAGCACUGGAAGUGUUGAAAUACAUGCUACUUAGUUUCCAACAUUCACCAGAAGCUUUCCACAUUCUUGUCUCUGAUAUCCCCAAAUUAGUUGUGUCACUGUCUAAAGAGGGAUCUAACUCUGGUACAUGCUGUCUUCAACAAUUAUCUGAAUUGGUGCACUGCAUGAUCUUUCGAUUUUCGGGUUUUCCUGACCUAUACGAACCUGUCAUAGAAGUACUAAAGGUCUUUCCAAUUCCAAAUGAGGAGAAAAUAAAGUAUCUGCUCAAUCAAAAUGCUUGGACAUCACAGAAGAAUGAAUUGGGACCUUUGUAUCCAAGACUUGCAACCAAAUCAGAGACUGGAAGAGUAGGGCUGGCCAACCUAGGCAAUACCUGUUACAUGAACAGUGUCAUUCAGGCCCUUUUCAUGGCUUCUGACUUCAGGCAUGCUGUACUGCUGCUGAAGGAGAAUGAUUCACAGUCAUUAAUGAUGAAACUUCAGUGGCUAUUUGCUUUCCUGGAACAUAGUCAGAGACCAGCCAUCUCCCCCAGUAGCUUUUUGAAAGCAUCUUCUCCUCCAUGGUUUAACCCAGGAGCUCAGCAGGACUGUUCAGAAUACUUAAAAUACCUGUUGGACAGGCUACAUGAGGAGGAAAAGACUGGCAAAGCAAUUUCCCACAGACUGAAACAUGCAUGCAGUGAUAGCCAUUUAGAAGAUAAAAUCCCUGGGAAAACAUUAAUAGAAAGAAUGUUUGGUGGAAAGAUGGUGACCAAGAUCCAUUGUUAUCGCUGUCGUAAUGUUUCUUUCCGAGAAGAAGUUUUUACAGAUCUGUCCUUGGCUUUUCCACCACAUAGUAAGGUUCUGCAGCAAUCUGGCAGUUCAUAUGACUCUAAUCUUUCAACAGAGAUGGCAGGUUCUGGUAAUAUGACAUCUCAAACUAAAGCACAACAGAAGGCUACUAAAUCUCCAAUUAAGCAAAAGCAAACAAAAUCUAAAGAGCCUUCUGUACGUGUUGUGCCGUUUGAAAUAUUAGGUUCCCAUGCAAAAGAGAAAAAAGAUGAUCCUCCUUACUCUAAAGUAAAGAAAGAUGAUAGUUCCUAUGCAUUUAGCUCCAUGCUAAAGAAUGACUUUGCAAUUGCCACAGGGGAGAAAGCAUGUGAUUCGCCAAGUUCUAGAUCUGUGUCUGACCUCAUAAAUUACUUUCUUUCACCAGAAAUGCUGUCUGGUGACAAUAGAUAUUACUGUGAUAAAUGCACCUCUUUACAAGAAGCAGAAAAAGUAGUUGAAUUAACAAGGAGUCCACAUUAUCUCAUUUUGACCUUGUUAAGGUUUUCCUUUGACCUCAUAACAAUGAGACGGAAAAAAAUUCUGGACAAUGUAUCAAUUCCAUUAGUUCUCAAACUACCCAUUAGGAUUGCCACAGAAAAAGAUGAACAAAUAAUUAAUACUGGAAAAUCGAUGUGUCAACUUGCAAGCUGGAAAUAUUUUGCAGAUGAUGCCAAAUCCUUGUCAGUUACCUAUGACCUUUGCUGUGUCGUGGUGCACUCUGGAAUAUCUUCUGAAAGUGGACAUUAUUAUUGCUAUGGCAGAGAAUGUGUUCCUACUAACUCUGAAAUUGGCUCAAGAGUUAUUUUGGAAGCUGAUAGUAAAGCUGGUGAUCAGUGGUAUUUAUACAAUGAUACUAGAGUUUCAUUUUCAUCUUUUGAAUCUGUCAGCAAUGUUACAAAUUACUUUCCCAAAGAUACUGCUUAUGUGUUAUUCUACAGACAACGAGGAACUAAACAUACAUGCUUAGAUGAUGAACAUACUUCAGCUAGUGUUAGAUUGCAUGGAGAAGCAGCAUUAAGCAAAGAGCUAAUGGAAGCAAUUGCCAAGGACAAUAUACAGUAUUUACAGGAAGAAGAAAAGGAAGCAAGGAAAAAAUCUGACCGUCUCCCACUUGCUACCACGCCAGUGUGGUGGAGGCGAUUUGAUGAUGAUGAAAAUGGAGGUUCUUCUGGAAGUUGCGGUCCAGCUGCUGGGAGAGGCAGUGAUUUGGGGUCAUUUGGACGUUUAAUUUUCUAAAUAUAAUUAUUAGCUUCUUCAUUCUCUACCUCAGUUAAACCACUUACUUAGAAAAGGCUGCAUGACUUAGUCUUUGAAGAGACCAAAAGAGACUUGCCUUUCAGGCUGCUCAAAACGUUUUCCUGCAAUAGCUUUCUGCUUUGUAUUGUUAAUUAAGUAACAACUGGCAAUUUGUGGAAUU